AUGUCUGCUGUUGUUCGCAAACCCGCUCCUAAUUUUACUGCUCGCGCUGUUGAAAACGGCAAAUUCAAAGAUAUUUCACUUCACGAUUAUAAAGGAAAAUUUGUUGUCUUUUUCUUUUAUCCAAAGGACUUUACACUUGUUUGUCCAACUGAGAUUAUCGCUUUUUCGGACCGUGUUGCAGAAUUCACAAAACGAAACACAGUAGUUUUAGGUAUUUCUUGCGACAGUGAAAAUACUCAUCGAGCGUGGAUUAAUGUUCCAAGGCAUGAAGGGGGUCUUGGAAAUUUAAAUAUUCCUCUCUUGUCCGAUAGAAAUCACAAAAUCUCUAAAGAAUAUGGUGUCCUCAUUGAGGAAGAAGGAUUUUCACUUAGGGGAUUGUUCAUCAUUGAUGAUAAAGGCAUUUUGCGUCAUAUCACUGUUAAUGAUCUUCCCAUAGGACGUAACGUUGAUGAAGUCCUUCGACUCGUCGAUGCCAUACAAUUUACUGAUAAACAUGGCGAAGUUUGUCCCGUUAAUUGGAAAGCUGGUGCAAAGACAAUCAAACCCAAUAAACCUGAAGAAUACUUUUCUGAAGCUUACAAGAAAUAA